UUGCAAGUGUUAAUAAGCAAGACGUUUUGGCAGAGUGGGGUUCAGUGACACCCCUACCCUUCCCAUUAUGUACGAAUCCAUCGAGUAGCAGAAUGUCUGUUCAAGCUGUCCACUGCAAUCUGUCCCAGAAUGGCAUUGACCAUCAGGUGUGUGCGGAAGAUAUGACUUCACAACUGGAGGAAGUGUCUGUUGAUCAUGGACUGGAUGAUGACAGCCCAGGGUUUCAGGACCAGAGUCUGGGUUUCAAUCAACGAUCUCCACCCCAGCGCUCCGUCUCAGAAUCUGAGCUCUCCAGGCCAGGAACUGUGAAGCUUUCCAAACCGGUGGCUCUGUGGACCCAGCAGGAUGUUUGUAAAUGGCUAAAGAAACACUGUCCCAAUCAACACCAAGUCUACAGUGACUCCUUCAAGCAGCACGACAUUACAGGACGAGCUCUGAUGCGGCUCACAGACAGGAAGUUGGAGCGGAUGGGUAUCAUGCAGGAGUGUCAGAGACAGUAUAUACUUCAGCAGGUGCUUCAGCUGCGUGUCAGAGAAGAAGUCCGCACCCUGCAGCUUCUUACGCAAGCCUCGCUGGAGAGUUCGCCAUAACCUGAGCAUUCCUGGAAACCCGCCAUUCCCCUGUCCAUCUCUUCCGAUGUUCACAGCACACACCAGCCUCUUAGCCCCUGCGGUCUUCCUUCAAGCCACUUCUUUUAAAACUUCAUAACCUUAAGGUCCAGUCCACCCCUGAACAAAAAUAAUCCUAAAAUGGAUCCAACUUUUCUUUAAUGCUCUUUCUAUCAACCCUUCAAGAAUAAAAUGGACUACUGAUGUUCUUGAUUGGACAAUGUGAAAGACUUGCUGCUGAAAUAUCUUUGUUGUUGUACAUAAUAUCCAGAAAUCUAGCACUUUAACCUUUCUUCAUUUCAUCUAUUUAUCUAUCUAUCUAUCUAUCUAUCUAUCUAUCUAUCUAUCUAUCUAUCUAUCUAUCUAUCUAUCUAU